CAGAUUACUCAGAAUUCGCAAUUCGCAAUACAUGCAUAUGUAUAAAUACUUCGGUUUAGCCCGAUUUCGCACAUCAGUCGUGUUUUACAGAUCAUUUUAUUCGCAAUAAACAUACUACGGUGUAGCCCGAUUUUUGUACAUCAAUCGUAUUUUAAACCGUGCAAAAUUCACAAUUAAUCAUUCAAUUGUCUCUUUACAUUCGCAAUUAAUUUUGCAUUAUUUUAUUCGCAAAUAAAUACAUACUUCAGUGAAACUCCAUUUCGCACAUCGCUUAAAGUUUAAACCUUGCCAAAUUCACAAUUAUUUAAUCAAAAUGGACACAAUUUCCCUCAACCAAUUCGAAUCUGUCCGUGUUGGGGGAAACGAAAAUAGUAAAAUUUCCAUAAAAACUUUCAUAGAAUCGAAAAGCCUUACAUUUACGAAAGGUUCCGGAUUUUACGAGCUAUCAAAACCGGAAACGAUUCAGGACACGAAGGAAAUCCUAGUGCAACGAAUUUCCGAUCCGGGAACGUUAAUUUGUGGGAAAUCGGUUCGAAAAGUGUUGGGUUUGGAGGAGGGAAAGAAUAAGAAAAAUAAGAAAAAGUAUGAAAUUGACGCUGAAAUUUUGAAGAAAUUCAAAAUUUUUGUGCAAUCCACGAGCUACAAUCGAAAUUUGAUUGGAGGGACGACAUUCCUGUAUAAAAAAGUUCCUGGUAGCGUCCCUCGACCUGUGACGCCACCAAGUUCCGAUGGACCACCGGCCAAAAGGGGGCGAACCGUAUCGCCGACACGCCCCGUAACAAUUUCGUCAUCUGGGCCAAGUUCGACUCCAGUUAGUUCAGGUGACGCCUCCGCCACGGUCGAAAUCGUCUUCUCCUUCGACACGACGGGCAGCAUGUAUCCCUGCCUGUCCACGGUGCGGUCCGUCAUUCGCGACACCCUGUCCCGCCUCACGACCAACAUUCCCUCCAUCCGGAUCGGAAUCCUGGCCCAUGGCGAUUACUGCGACGAAGGGAGUAACUACUUGAUCAAGGCGGCGAACGGGUAUAAAUUCUGCGCCGGUCCGGACGUUGCCACGCUAAUCGAUUUCGUCACAAAUGUAGGGUCCACGUAUGGCGGAGAUUUUCCGGAGUGUUACGAACUCGUCUUGCGACACGUAUGGAGCAAAUUCGACUGGACGAAGGGGGCUAACAAGUCGCUCGUGCUGAUCGGGGAUGCCCCUCCGCAUGAAGUGAGGGAUAACCCGGGUAAAAUUGAUUGGCGGGUGGAGGCGGGAAAGUUGAAGGAGGCGGGGAUUCGGGUCUACGCCGUACAAGCGUUGGACCAAUCGAGAGCGGACUUCUUUUACCGGGAACUGGCCAGCGUUACGCUAGGCUUUCACUUAAGGUUGCAUCAGCUCUCGAGCGUUACGGACUUUUUGGUCGCGGUUUGUUACCAUGAAGGAGACAAUGCGGAUGCGGGAGGGUCACAGCAGAAUCGACUCGCACAAUUUGAAGACGAAUUAUCCACGGCGGGACGAAUGGUGAACAAUUUACGAGGAUUAUUCGACCAAUUAAGGGGUCGAAGUACAAAAACGGCAACUUCUGUCACGUCCGCUUCCGGUCUGCUGCCCGUCAGUCCGAGCCGCUUCCAAGUCCUGGUCGUCGAUGAGGACCAAUCCAUCAAGGAUUUUGCGCAAGACCGCGGCCUCGUUUUCAAAGUUGGGCGCGGGUUUUAUCAGUUUACGAAACCCGAGAAUGUUUCCGAUAAGAAGGAAAUCGUUCUCAUGGAUAAGACCUCCGGGGAUUUUUACACGGGGUGGGCCGCUGCCCGGGAAUUUUCCGGGAUAGAGGCGGGCAAGGUGGGAAAACAGAGUCCGAAAGAUUCCGACAAGUAUUUAGUUUUUAUUCAGAGUACGAGCUACAAUCGGAAAUUGAUCAAAGGGCAGAAAUUUCUGUAUGAAGUGGAUGCUGAUCGAUAAUUAAAUAAUAUGUAUGCAGUGCAAAAAAUGUGUGCAAAAAAUUUUCGGUGAAAAUUGUAAUAAAUUAUCAAAAACUUAGGCACAUAAGCGGAAAAAUGUUAGCAUAUACAUAUUUGUUUACAUACAUAUGUCAAUUCAAAGAUUGCUGAGCGAUAAAUAGUAUGAAGUGCAAAAAUGUGCAAAAAAUUUGCACUAGGAAUUGUAAUAAUUUAUCAAAAAUUUAGUCUCAUACGUGGAAAAAUGUGAGCGUGUGUUUGUCUCGUUCAAUUUAAGGAUGGCAUUCACAAUUUACACAUUUACAAAUCUGAAUUUAUCCCUGAUAACCGCAUCGCUUAUCAGAUUGCCGCCUUGAUUCAGAAACCGCUGCCGAAGUGGCGUUGGACGAGGUAGCUGACGCCGAGCAGGGCGACGACGACGACGACGAGUUUGGACGCAUCAUUCACGUUGUUGGCCUUGCUCGUCUCUCUGAUGUUCCCUGUCACAUCUACACGAGUCAUCUUCAUCCCCGCACUGGUUAAGGGGUCCGAAACGACGGGCAUUAUCUUCAUCCCCGCAUCCGCUGCCACCUUUCGUGACGUCCUUACUGUAGUAACAAAAUUUUCCUGCAAGGCAAAAAAGAGGAGUUGAGUCGGUGAUCCGACUUUCGGACCUAUGAGACUCGUAUUUAUUUUAUUGUAUUUCAUUUUUAUUGCUUUUUAUAGAUUUUAUAUGGUUUUCAAACCAGUUUUUUUGUAACCUGAUAUCCAUUAACACUCGAAUAAAUGUUGAAUUGAAUUGAA